AUAAAUUGGGAAAGGUAAUCCAUUCCACUCCGAUACUUCUACCUCUACACUCCCCAUACCCUCCAAAAACCCUUUUCAAUCUCCCGCCGUCCACGGCGGCGCACCCCUCCCUCCUCCGUCAUCCCCCGGCGAACCACCAAUGGCAACCACACCAGCUUCCGAACUCUCCGACGGACCAGUCCUAAGCGUUAUCAACAAGCGUCUUCGUGCUCUCCGCAAAAAGCAAAAUCGCAUUCUCCAAAUGGAAGAAUCGGUUUCAAAAGGUAAAAUCCUCAACAAAGAACAAGAAGAAACUCUCCGCUCCAAAUCGACGGUCAUCGCUGCUAUUGACGAGCUUGAAAAGCUUCGUCAGCCACUUGCUGCUGCUGUAGCUGAAGAAAUCAAUCAAGUUUCCGCAGUUUCUAAUACGGAUACGUCGAUUAUUGAGUCUAGUAAAGUGGAGGAUUUACUUAAACUGUUGUACUUUGGUCACAUGUUUGAUGUGGAAUCCAUGAAAAGUGAUUUUGUAACGCCUACGAUGUUGACUAGGACAAUGGAGAGAGCUUGUUGUUUGAGUUAUGAUUGUAUGCCGGAUGAUGAAUCAAGUGAUGUGAUGGAUCUGUUAGGGGAGAGAGAUUUGGAUUUGAUUUCGACGCUUAGCGGGUUGGUUGUUUCACGGCCGGUGAAUUCUCCUUUGUCACAUAAGCAUGCUCUUCAGAAAUGUAUUGAACAUGCUAAGCUGUGGCUUUCGAAGUCUGAGCAGCCCAUUGAAGUCAAUUCCGAUGCUACUUAUGCUGGGCUGAGAUCAAAGCUGGAUAAGAUCAUUGGUUCACUAUAUUUUACGACAGACCCUGUUAAAGUGGAGGCAGCUGCUGGUAAAUAUGGGUCUUAUUCAGUGCCAGUAGAAGAGCAUGUGGAGCCUGUGCCAGUUGAUGUACCCCUGCAAGUCGAUGCCCCAAGUGUGCAGUAUGAGCAGAAGGACGUAGAAGCUGCAAGUUCUCAAACAAUUGAAACUAGUGAAAUUCAUGUUAGCAAUGUGGAACUGCAGCAGGGGGAACAGGAUAACGUGGUGUCUCAACAACAUGCUGAACCAGAAGAAUUUGCAUCUGAGGCUGAAGGCGUUGAUAAUAUGAGGAAUGCAGAGUUCAUUGAGCAACAAUCUGUUCCCCGAAGGUCUUACCAGAAUCAGAAUUACAGGGGUAACCGUGGUGGGAGUGUGGGUGACCGUCGUGGAUACUCCAAUGGCCGUGGAGGACGUGGCAGAGGAGGGUCUUACCAGAAUGGCCGCAGUCAAUACUACGAUCAAUCUGGUACUUACCAACAGAGGAACUAUAGUAACUAUAGGGGAAGGGGUGGCAGGGGUACAGGUGGGGGUGUAGGUUAUAAUCAUUAUGCUUCAGGUGAUCAACCAGACAGUUACUCUGCUGCUGAUUUAAGGUGAUUAUAGAUCCUUUGCUAGCUUCUUCAAGGUGGUAAAACUGUUUCCCUAAUUAGAUGGAUGCACACAAGUGUUUUCUGCUUGUUCGUGCAUCAUCCUGGACGCUUUGUAGCUGAAUGAAUUGGGAAAUGUUAGUCAAUUUGAGAAAGAAUAGACUUGUUGCUUGGCUUCAA